CAGCUGAUGUGAUAUUUGUCCAGAUGCUGACUGCCACAUUUAGACAUUUCUACCGAAACUCGGCAUUUAAAAUGACGGAACUUAAGCAGAUUGUGGAGAAGAAUCUUCAAGCCCAAGUACUUGUUGACUCUAUCAAGUCAGAGAUGACCGGUAUACUGCAGCUUAAGAAGCAGCAACUCGUCAAGGAAAAUGCAGACCUAACCAAACAAGUGGAAGCUGCAUUGAGUCAACUUACUAAAUUGGAAUUGGCCAAUGGUAAAAAGCAAUUUCCAGUGCCCGGAGCAGGUGCCAGGGGUCUGUGUACGAAGGCCACUGAAUCUGUAGAUACCAGUGUUGCUGCAGCUGAACCUGCUACCAAACCAGUGAGCGCAGCACCCAAAGAAAAGAAACCAGCAAAGGAGAAGAAACCGGCGGCGGAGAAAGCCAAGCCAGCAGCCGCACCUGAGGCACCAAUUGACGUUGGUCGUUUGGAUUUGCGUGUGGGCAAAAUAAUUGAAGUUGGCCGUCAUCCCGAUGCCGACAGCUUAUAUUUGGAGAAGAUUGACUGCGGCGAACCAUCACCUAGAACUGUUGUGUCUGGCUUGGUCAAAUUUAUCCCACUGGAAGAAAUGCAAAAUCGCAUGGUAGUUGUCAUGUGCAAUCUGAAGCCGGCAAAAAUGCGAGGUGUCACUUCCGAAGCCAUGGUCAUGUGUGCCUCAACAACAGAAAAGGUGGAAGUGCUAUCCCCUCCUGCUGGCUCUGGGCCUGGAGAUCUGGUUCAUUGCGAAGGUUAUCCACGUCAACCCGAUGCCCAGCUAAAUCCCAAGAAGAAAGUUUUUGAGACCUGUGCACCGGACCUUAAAACUAACGAUGCAUUGGUAGCCUGCUACAAGGGUGCAGUACUACACGUUCCCGGUAAGGGAAAUAUUGUUGCCCAAACUUUGAAAAAUGUUAAUGUCAAAUAAACAAACUGAAUCUUGUAAAAAGAAUGUACCAUAAAUGUAAAUCGGCAUUUACAAUAAAUGAACAUCUUUUAAAGCGUUUUCAAA